CCAGGACUAUUUCAGCAUCUUUUAGAGGUGGUAACAGAGGCAUAGAGAGGCUGGGAGCCCUGGUGGUGGGAUGAGCCUCUAGCUCGGAGCAUACCAGAAGUCGGCUGGAGACAGAACUGGCUGGGCUCGUGAAUGGGGAUUUAGCCAUUGAAAAGAUGGCUUCCUCUGCCAGUCCUAUGGGCCCUAUUGACAGCCUGGAGCUCUUGGAUCUCCUGUUUGACCGGCAGGACGGCAUCCUGAGACACGUAGAACUGGGCGAGGACUGGGGCCGCAUCGAGGACCAGGUUUUGCCUGGCCCGGACUCUGAUGAUUUCCUCAACUCCAUCCUGGGUUCUGGAGAUUCAGCGCCCAGCUCCCCAACCUGGUCUCCUGCGGCCAGUGACAGUGGCAUCUCAGAAGAUCUGCCCUCCGACCCCCAGGACACCCCUCCACGUAGUGGUGUGGCUGCCACCCCGUCCAGCUACCAUACCUCAGAGUCUGGCAAGGGACCCUGUCCCUCCUACCCUCCUGGCCCUCCCUGCCCUGCCAGGCACCUUGGGCCAGUGGCCUCUGUGGCCAUAGACCUGGAGAUGUGGAGCCCAGGCCUCUACGCUGAGGAGCAGGCCGAACUGGCUGACUCACCCCCUCGCUGCAACCUCACGGUGAAAGAUCUCCUCCUCUCGGGCAGCAGUGGGGACCUGCAACAGCAUCACUUGGCACCCCCCCACCUGUUGAGACCUGGGACUGGGCACUGCCAGGAGCUGGUGCUGACAGAGGAUGAGAAGAAGCUGCUGGCCAAAGAAGGCAUAACCCUGCCCACCCAGCUGCCCCUCACCAAGUAUGAGGAACGAGUGCUGAAAAAAAUCCGCAGGAAAAUCCGGAACAAACAGUCAGCCCAAGAAAGCAGGAAAAAGAAGAAGGAAUAUAUUGAUGGCCUGGAAACUCGGAUGUCAGCCUGCACUGCCCAAAACCAGGAGCUUCAGAGGAAAGUCUUACAUCUUGAGAAGCAGAACCUGUCCCUCUUGGAGCAGCUGAAGAAACUCCAGGCCAUUGUGGUCCAGUCUACCAGCAAGUCAGCUCAGACGGGCACCUGCAUAGCGGUCCUGCUCUUCUCCUUUGCUCUCAUCGUCCUCCCCUCCAUCAGCCCUUUCGCUUCCAACAAAACCGAGAACCCUGGAGACUUCACACCUGUGCGAGUUUUCUCCAGAACUUUGCACAACGACGCCGCAUCUCGUGUGGCCCCCAAUACCGCACCAGGCUCCGAGGCUCCAGGACCCAGACCCGAGGCUGGUACACUUCAGGAAGGGUCUCCAGGCAGCCCUGGAGGGGACCAGGGAUCCAGGGACAGACCAGCUCUAGACAACUCGACGGAGAAUCUGGACAACUCAACUCUGGUCCAGGAAAACUCCCUGAAGGAGACAGACCAGGCCACCCUGCUAGACUGUGCCCCGCCUGAGCCAGCACUCAGCCCAGGGCGUGUGGGGUUGGAGGCAGCAGGGGGGGAGCUGUGAGUACCACAGAUACGUGCCCCCAGGCCCCUCUGCUCAGCGGUGCUUCAGGGGGUGCUGUGGUGGACAGAGAUGGGCACAGGGAUCCAAGGUGAGGGAGAGACCUUGGCGGAGAUAUCAGGAUAGAGAUGCACAGACUCAAAGCUACAGACUUGGGGACCCAGGCACAUGCAGAAACUGAUGCUCAUUCACAGACCAUAGUGCCCACAAGCCUGAGAAAUACACACACAGAUGCAGGUGCAGAAGGAAACAGGAACACACAGACUGAUCCACAGACCCAGCCAGACAGAUGUAUACACCAGGCCUCAGUAACUCCCUGCCCCGGGACUCUUCUCUGUCCCCUCCCGCACAGGGAGGAAAAAGUUGCCGAGACUGCAGGGCCGCCUGAGCACCGGCUAAGCUCUGAACUGGGCAGGCCAUGGCCCAUAGCCAUUCCCGUUUUUCUAAGACCGAUGUGACCCUUAAUAAAGUAUUUUGACAGAAUACCACUGGCA